CUUGCGUGUUGCUCGAACAAACACCAUGGCAAGUCACGGUAUAGCACGUGGGACAGGCCCUGUUGUGCGUUCUGAGGAGGCUCGACAGAAGGAGCUUGAGCAGAUUGCGCAGUACAAAGAGCUGGCAGAUUUAGUGAACACAAAGAUUGCUGAGAAGCAACAUACAAUCGAAGCCCUCGGCCUAGUCACAAAGCUACUAAACGAGAACCCCGAAUACUACACAAUAUGGAACCACCGCAGACGCGUCCUAGUGGCUCUGGUGAAAGCGGAGUCACCCGGACAAUCUCCACAUGACUUGCUGCAGGAUGACUUGCAACUCACGUUUGCACUGCUGCGGAAGUUCCCCAAGUGCUACUGGAUAUGGAAUCAUCGCAACUGGCUUCUGCGCCAGGGAGAGGCUUUGAUGGGAGUGGAAGCGGCGCACAAGCUCUGGUCGGGAGAGCUGCAACUCAUAAACAAGAUGCUGCAUGCGGACAGUCGAAACUUCCAUGCUUGGGGCUACAGACGUAUUGUGGUGUCGGAAAUCGAACGCUUGGCCGCGGAUUCAGAGCCUACAACUGAGAACACUCCGAAGAGUCUCGCUGAAUCCGAGUUCGAAUAUACCACCAAGAUGAUCAAGACCAACCUCUCCAACUUUUCUGCUUGGCACAACCGCAGCCAGCUUAUCCCCAAGAUCCUCCUUCAACGUAACGCAGACUCCAAAGCACGUCGCGCCUUCCUCAAUUCAGAGCUGUCUUUGAUAUGUGAGGCCAUCAACACCGACCCGUUCGACCAAUCCAUAUGGUUUUACCACCAGUACCUUCUCUCAGUUUUAUCUCCUUCGUGCCCACCAAACCACCAAGUUGUCCAAGAUUUGACUAAUGAUGAGCGGCAAAAGUACUACGAGAACGAGAUGGAAUAUAUACGGGAGAUCUUGGAGGACGAGGCGGAUUGUAAAUGGAUAUACGAGGCACUCCUCGGGCUUGCAGAAGCGUACCUAGAGGUCGAUGCUGGCACAGGGACGUUCACGACAAAGGGUAUGAAGUCAUGGCUAGGCGAGCUGAAGCGACUGGAUCCGUUGCGGCGAGGAAGGUGGGACGAUUUGGAGAGAAGAUUGAAUCUCUGAAAUGCCAAUCAAUGAACAAUGACAGCCAUCAAGGCUUCCCCUUCGCUUCUUCAAUGUUUUCCUUUGCAGGCACUACUUCUUUAUUCGCUUCUUUUUUCCAAGCCCACAAACCUAGCAUGUUCGACCAGGAAUUGUCAGGCGGUUGGGAGGCGAUAGUUUUUUCUUUAGCCUGGAGCUGAGGUUGUGCAGGACUAGAAUUGACUCCACUCGAAGCAGCGGCAGCAGCCAACUCUCGUUGGUACUCUUCAUUCAUCCGUGCGAGUCGUUGUUUCUUGAACUCGCCAUCAAAAGUUGCUACUCCAAUUGAUACGCCCAUAAUCGCUGCCAAUGCAAUGGGGAGGAUACGUCCUGCCAUUCCUGUUCGCUUGUUGUGUGCGCGACCUGUUGAUGUCUUCGAG